AGUCUGCUUCUUAAUUCGUGUCUUAGCCCUCGCUUUUCAUCGCCCCUUUCUUCCAAUCCUUCCCCUUUUCGGUUUUCUUUUCUUCUCUUAUUUUUCUUUCCGGCCUAGGGAUUGACGCCCUUUGCUCGAUUUUACCCCUUUCCUUUGGAGGAGCCGCCGGGCGGCUCCGCACUUAGCACAUUCACUCACUUGUCUUCUACAACGUCUCUCUCCAGGCGAGACGGGACUGAAUCAACAAUAGUUCUGGGCCUCAGGCCUCCAAGGGGAGAAACCGCGUUGGAAUGGCUUCUAUGGGUGACGCAAAACCGCUUUGCGGAGGAGGCGACGGCGAGGAAAUCGGCGAAUAUGAUCUUGGCAUCCACGUCUUGGGACUGUUUUUGGUCUUGAUAUUUUCAAUCUUUGGUGCCGGCUUCCCCGUCGUCGCGAAGAAGGUUAAAUGGAUCAAGGUGCCGACCAGAGUGUUCUUUAUUUGCAAACACUUCGGCACGGGCGUCCUAAUCGCUACCGCUUUCGUGCAUCUCCUCCCCACAGCUUUUGGAAAUCUCAUGGAUCCGUGCCUCCCGGACCUGUUCACCAAGCAGUAUCCAGCAAUGCCUGGAGUUAUUAUGAUGGGUUCGAUGUUUUGUCUCUUUGUCGUUGAGAUGUGGUUGAACGGAAAGACAGGUGGCCAUUCCCACGGCGGACCCAUGGGAUUUGAGGGUCAUACCCACCCAGCAGGAGGACAGGCUCCUCUUGCUGGCGCAGGAAACAUGGACGCGCGCCCGCAGAGACCCCCCCGAUACUCCAGUGACAUCGACUUUGAGAUUGAAGACAUGGAGUACGAGAAAAAGGUAGCGCAGAUGAAUUACGACGAAAAAAGGACAUACCGGAAUGAGGAUCCGUUUGCUGACGCCAAUGAAACCGCUCUCAAGUCUGAGAUGCCACCGUGGUUCGUGGUCUUUUACGAGCAAUACGUCCGCCAGCGCCUCCAGCUGGUGAAGAUGAUCAAGGAAGCUGCCCCGCCGCAGCAGCCGCAGAACACCAUGGAAGCCCAACGCCAAUCCAUCGUCGCCCAGGCGCCGCCGGCCUUCAAUUCGCCCUACAUUGACGUUGAGACGGGCCAGGCGGUCGACCCCCUGGUCUUCAAGAAGAUGUCGAUGAACAUCACCCUACUCGAGGGAGGCAUCCUGUUCCACUCCGUCUUCGUGGGCAUGACCAUCAGCAUCACCAUCGACGGCUUCAUCAUCCUACUCGUCGCCAUCCUGUUCCACCAAAUGUUCGAGGGCCUGGGUCUCGGCUCCCGCAUCGCCGCCGUCCCGUACCCCCGCGGCAGCAUUCGCCCGUGGGUCUUGGUGGUGGCUUUCGGUACCACGGCCCCCAUCGGACAGGCCAUCGGGCUUUUGGCCAAGAACUCGUACGACCCAAACAGCGCCUUUGGGCUGAUCAUUGUCGGCGUCUUCAAUGCCAUCUCGUCUGGUCUCCUUCUCUAUGCCGCCCUCGUCGAUCUGUUGGCCGAGGACUUCCUUUCCGAGGAAGCACAGCGGACUUUGAAGAAAAACGACAAGGUCUUGGCAUUCAGCUUUGUCCUACUAGGAGCCGCCGCCAUGUCGGUCGUCGGCGCCUUUGCAUAAUGGGCUUGCUCGCAAUGCGGAGAGCGACAAAAACGCAAAAGAAGAGCCAAACGCCGCCCGGCUCGGACCGGGACCUGGUCUCUACCGGCAUGACGCCGGAAUUCUCUUGCGGGAAAACGUUCUGUAUCGCUGGUAUAACACGCCAAACAACGCGAAGCGUUAUCGACUAAUGGAAAGAAGAAAAAACGGUAAUAGAAGGGAGGAGGGAUGAAAAGGAGUUAGAGCAAGGUAUUGAUCGCAGCAAGCCCCUCCUCGACGGCCAUAGCAGCGGGGCUCUCCAGCCCAUUUAAUGGCCACAGCAACAGGUUUGCCAAAUGAUUA